AUGUUCGCUAACGCUCCUGCACUUCUCACUGUCGCUCUGGCGGCCAUUGUUACAGCUGUCCCCACCCACCUCACCAGGGACGGAGGUGGUGGAGGGGGGAUUGGUGGUGGUAACUGCAAUGCCAACGCAUUGUGCUGUGACAACGUUGGUUCGGCCAGCAGCCUAGGCGACCUCACUGGGUUGUUGGGCAUUGCUGUUGGCCUCCUGAACGGCAAUCUUGGCAUUGGCUGUAUCCCGAUUGAGGUCAUUGACCUGAUACCAGAUCAUUCCUGCAAUGCCCAGUCCGUCUGCUGCGAAGGGACUACUUUCUCCAAUUUGCAAUUGAUCGGCCUCAACUGCGAUCCCCUUGACGUUCUUUAG